CCCUCAUCGCACUCACUCUGGACAUCCUCUCAUGAAAUUAUUUGGUUUUCUUGGAAGUUUUGCGGCCAGGAUGAGCCGGUGUUCUGGGUUCCAUCUCUUCCGCGCACCACGAGCUUUCAUGUGCAACUGAAGUGAUCAUUGACCUGAAUCACUUCCCCGGAUUCUGGUUCCCAUUAAUCUUAGCCACUGAGCUCGGAUAAGUGAACCCCGGACUACGCUAGCAUCCCCUAACGUUGACAACGCCUUAUCGCUCGGGAGCUUCCAACAGCCAUACCCGAGAUACUGCUCCUUUAUACUACAACAAUUUGACUUUCGUGCGGGAAGCUGUUGUUUCCAGGACCACACAACCACAAUGACAUCCAAAGAAGUCCAGUCCACAAGCGACCUGCCAUCUGGCGACCCAAUCCCCGCCGCUCCGGGUCCCUCGUCGGCGCCCAAGCCGUUCCCCCUCAAGGCACUGAUCGCGGCCGCCCCCUCCAACAUCGAUGCAUUCCUCGCACACCUGCAGCGCGCCAUAAGCACGCCCACGGGGAUCGACACCGUCCUCCUCUUCCUCUGCUACAGCACGCGCCUCUCCUCGGCCGCCCUCGAGCUCCUGACCCGACCCGCCAUCACGCGCAGCGCAAACCAGCUGCUCGCCCUCGCCCAGUCGCUGCCGCCGAGCACGACGCUGGUCUUCACCAACAAGGCCUUCCCCUCGCCGAGCGCCGCGCUCCUCCUCAUCCUCAGCAAGCGGCUCAAGGCCUUCAGCGCUCUGCUGAGCGACGUGCGGACCUUCAACCGGCUAUGGGGCCUGCUGGGCAUGUACUUCUGGGGCCGGGGCUUGUUCCUCAAGCUCCGGGAGGCGCGGCUCGCGUCCCAGUCCGGCGACGAGAAGGACCGGCCGAAGAUCGACAAGCUGGCGACGUCGAUCGCGGUGACGCAGCUGGUGGCGUGCGUCGUGUUCCAGGCGCUCGAGAACGGGGCGUACCUGGCGCAGAAGGGCGUGCUCGAGUGGCAGCCCGCCAACAUGGUCAAGGCGUACCGGUGGAGCGCGCGGUUCUGGGGCGUCUUCGUGGGGCUGAAGCUGACGGAGCUGUUCGCGGACAGGUACAAGAGGGGCCAGGUGCCGAAGCGGCGGCGCAUGGGCGACAAGACGGUCGCCGUCUUCGAGAAGGAGGAGCGCGAGUGGAAUGAGGAGUGGCGCAAGCUCGUCAGCAGGAACAUGGCGUGGUUCCCGCUCACGAUACACUGGAGUCUGGAGCAGGGGCUCUUCAGCGAGUUGUCGAUCGGCGCCAUAGCGAGCAUUCCGGGAGUCAUUCAGAUUCGGGAUCUCUGGAACAGGACUGCAUAGAUCAAGCCUGGAGGGUUCAUGAAUCAAAUGAAAUCAUAUGGGUAGCUGCGAAAUUCCUUGGACCUAACAUCCCCAGUGAGUAUCAUGCUAGGUGUUGUGAUCUGGCCAAGGCUUUUAUCCACACGAUUGGACUUGGUGUGGGGUUAUGGACUAUGGUAUUGGCCUGUUACAGACAGCAGCAAGCAACUUCGAGCGUGCGUGUUGCCUCAUCGCCAUCGGAUUGUUGAUAUUCCAGCAAUUUGGUAGAUAUGUGAUCCAAUCGCCACGUUCAAAUAGAAAAGCAGAGCGAGGUAUCAAGAAAGAAACAAUUACGGUUCUGAAAAGUAGCCGAGUGUGUAUAGCCAAGAUUUUUAACAACUAAUAUCUUCAAUUCAGAUG